GCUCGUGCGUGGGAAGGAAGCUGGAUGGCUGGAUGAGCUCUUUCUUUCCUUCUUAGCCUGUUUGAUUAGAGCUAGGUUUCUGGGAUGGGGUGGGAUGGGAUGGAUUUUGUAGAGAGAGAGAGAGAGAGAGAGUAUAUAUAGGUAGUGACUUCUUUCUUUCUGUCUAGAUUAUUGAUCUUGUAUUUUUUCUCUUUACAAGUACACGCGAAAUCUUCUGAUACCAAAGAAAAAUUAAUCACAUACACAUACUCAUCCAACCAACCAGACAAAACCAAACAAGAUAAACAACCACAUCUCAUCCAUCCCCUCAAAAUGCAAUCCAUAAGCAGAACCCUCACCCGUCAAUCCCGCCUCUUCACCCCCCAACUGCGCAUCCAAGCCAGCCGUCCCUUCUCCUCCACCCUCAGCACCCGCAAAUCCGCCACCGAAACCGUCAAAGAAACCGUUCACCAAGUCGACAAAGCCGUCGCGAGCAAAAUCGUAGAUGGUAUUGAAGCUGGUCAAACCGCAACCCAAAAAGUAAAAUCCGCAGCCAACCUCUCGGCCUCCUCAGCCAAAACCAGCGCAUCCAAAGCCGCCUCUCAAGCCCAAGGCGCUACAUCCUCCGCAACUGGUUCUGCAUCGGGCACCGCGUCGGAAGUAUCUGGAAAAGCUUCCGAGUUAGCCGGUCAGGCGAAGGGAAAGGCGGCGGAGUUGAAGGGAGAGGCGAAGGGGAAGGCGAGCGAGGUGAAGGGGAAGUUGUAGAGGAGAUGGGGAGGUGAGGUGAGGGAGAGGUCGGGGAUGAGAUUUGUAUGAUUACUUGCAGAUGGAUGUGGCGGAGCUGGAAAAGGGUUGAUGGAUAGGACAUGAUGGGACAAAACAUGAAACAGCACAGCAGAAACGGAUAUGAUAAUAUGGGAGUCAGUCAAUAAUUGACGAAUGCUAUGAAAUGAAAAGAGAGAAAGGAUAUUAUAAUUUGUUUCACACA